AUGGGUUACCAAAACACCAACUCAAUCUACCUGCGUGCUCUCAUGGGCUUCGCUGCGCUGGCAGGCACCACGACGGCGGUGUGCACGAACUGGGAGCAAGGGCGCGCGCACAUCGACGACGGCGGCAGUUUCUCGAACCACUACACCAAAUCCGUCGACCAGCUGACGUGUCCCGCCUCCUCGGACGACGACUGCGAGUUCGCGCCCAAGUACUACGACUUCACCGCCGAGCGCGAUCUGCUCGGGGCAGGGGGUCUGCCACUCGGCGACCUCCCGGAGGACGAGCUCGAGGCCAUCUUCCAGCUCGCCGCGGACGGCUUCGCCCAGGAGUUUCCCGCGAGCAACGGCAGCAACGGCAGCACGAACUCGACCGUGGAGUUCAAGACGCUCACCACGACCCUCAGCACGCAGGAUCUGCCCGACAGCGUCGACCAGGUGCUCGAGGUGGACCCGGCGGUCAACAAGACGCUCACGUGGACGUCGUACUACGUCUACUCGACGGGCACGCUGAGCGGAUGCUCCAACGAGACGCUGAACAAUGUCACGGUAACGGCUGCGGCGCCGUACUUCACGCAGGAUGGGAGCAGGAACAACCAGGCUGUGUUGGCGGGUGGCUGGGGCUCGAUAUCGAGCAACAUCACCGGACAGCAGCAGGGACAGGACGACGCACAGGGCGCGGCGAUGUCGCUGGUGAAGAGGUCGGCUGGCACUGCUAUCUCGGGCUUGGUGGUGGUGACGAUGGUGUUGGCGUUUGUGAUUUGA